UUAAGGCGUUAGAGGAGUACAAGUGCACAACAAUCUGUUUUCCUACUCCAAAUCUGAGACCUCGAAUCUUGAAUGCUGAACGGUGCUUGAAGGUACUCUGUUGUCUGUGCAUUUUAUACGGAUAAUUUUGCUAAACGGUCACUGGACAUCACUCGUCCGUAGACGAAUUAUUAUCAAAGCGUAUAGGCUAAUACUGUAAUCAUGGGAGCUGCUGCUUUACCAGUUUUAAUUUUCACUGGCUUCUGGGGUGUGGUCGGCAUUGUGUUACCAUUCAUCCUUCCCAAAGGACCAGAUCGAGGUGUUCAACAACUUGUAUUGAUGAUGACAGCAGCAACCUGUUAUUUGUUUUGGUUGUGUUGUUAUAUGGCUCAAAUGAAUCCACUUGUUGGGCCAAAAUUGAAUCAACAUACUAUUCUAAUAAUGGCUCGCGAAUGGGGAAAUUUAAUACAGUAAUAUGAAUACUGAUAA